UUUCAUCCCUUUACUUUAUCCUUUCCAUUCACUUUUCUUUACCAUGGUUGACCGCAAGAGACCUCUCAAGCUCAAGAACCUAUUGCUUCAUAAAGAUCACCAUCAUGAACAUGACUCAUAUUCUGACGACAAGUCAAAAAUCAAAAAUGUCAACAAACUUGUCAUAUCACCACCUAUUCUUUCACCUACUCGAACCAGCAGUCUUGAAUACCUAUUGUCUCCAACAUUGUACCCUUCAAAAUCCAUGUCGACCCACAUGAACUCGGUUUCACCUAGACCUCCUGUACGCGCACGAGAAGCUCAAAAUGUCACAGCGGCUGUUGAUGUCAUGCCAGAACUGCGACCUCGUCGACGAUAUUCGUUUUCUGGAGGCAAAGUCAAGAUGUAUAAUAGCCCACAUGUUCCCACGCAUCGUGAUAUGGACCGAGAAAGAGCGCGAAAGAUGCGUGAACUUGAAGACCGCAUCGUCGGCAGAAGACAAAGUACUGUCAAAUUGACGCUCACGCCACGUACAGCGGUAUAAGUUGCGCAACACAGCCCUGGGUCUCGUACGACUUGGUACUCCCAUAUGGCCCAAGACAAAGAUAUUCAUCAUAAUAUCGUAAUUACAUGUUUAAUAAUCCGUUUUUAUCUCUUCAAUUUACCAUAGACUCAUUUCACAUACUUACUUAAUAUGCUCCAACUACCCUUUUUUUUCUUUGUUUUUCUCCUAUGCAAAUAUUGCUUACUUCAUUAUGAUUUGUAAAAUAAACUCCCUCCUGGUCGGGGGGUCAGCAUCAUUACUCAUUUACACUGCAG